UUGUGAAAACAAAAAUCUCAAAACCUGUGAAACAGUCAGAAGGUUCCGUGAGCAUCGGGCGGUUCAGAUUGUUUUCAACUAGUCAUCGGAAAUAAAACAAAACAGCCAGAGAAAACUUUUUCCCCAAUGAGUCUAAUUAGGGUUUGUGAGUGAGCUUCAAGGAGGAGGAUGUGGCACGAAGCGAGAAGAUCGGAGAAGAAGGUGCACGACAUGAUGGACGCGGCUCGGAAAAGAGCUCAGCGUCGAGCCAUCUUCUUAGCUAAACGCCGCGGAGACCCCAUCCAAUCGAUCCAAGCCGUUGGAUCCCGCUACAAAAUCUUCCGCGAUGACGGUCUUUACCAAGCCACCGAGGAUCAACAGGGCCUGAUACCUUGGAACGGGAAGCAGGAUGUUAUGAUUGAUAGAUUCGAUGGGCGAGCUAUGCUGGAUUUUGUGAGGGAGGCUGGUUCGAGGAGCAUAAGGCCACAUAAGAAGUCGGAGGAGGAGGAAGAAGUUGAGGAGUUUGUUAAUUUUGAGCGUUACCGGGAUUUAAUUAAGCACCGCCGUAGAGGAUUUUCUGAUGGGGAGGGUUUGCUACACGUCAGUCAAGAACUUGAGGCCAAACUUGCUGCUCCCUUCCUUGGAACAAAACCACAACAAGCUCAACCACCUGCAAACAAAGGCACGUAUUCACAGGUUGGAUUUUCGUAUGGUGGAAACGGGAAAGAGGCGUUGUUUGAUGCGGAGGAAGAUGAUGAUGACGACGAUGAUGAUGGGGAUGAGGAGGAAGAUUUCGACAGUAAUGACAGCGAAGACGAAGGGAUGGAAGCAAUUGCGAAACAGUUUGGCGUUAAGCGGUAUGGGUGGCUCGUUUAUAUGGAUAAGAAGGCGAAAGAGGAAGAGAAAAGGCAAAAGGAACUUAUCAAAGGAGAUCCUUCAGUUAAGAAGCUAAGUCGAAAGGAAAGAAGGAAGGUUUCUAGGAUAGAGAGGGAUAGAGAAAGAGAAACUUCAAGGUUUGGAAGACACAUGAUGCAGCAUGAUCCCUACAGGGAGUCUCGAAGGAGUCCU